GUCCUGGUGCAAUUACAUCAGGGCGUAAUCAAGCACGUUCUCGCAUGGAUCACCAACAUUGUUGGCAAAGACGAGGUCGAUGCGCGUGUCAAGCGACUCCCUCCGAACCACUCCAUCCAUAACUUCCAUAAGGGGAUCACUGGCUUGUCGCGCGUCACGGGUGCCGAGCACAAACAAAUAUCCCGGUUCAUCCUUGGGCUCCUAAUCGACCUCCCGUUACCUCGAGGGGACUCUUCGGAAUUGAUCGACGCCACGAAAGCUCUGCUCGACUUCCUCUACAUGUCGCAGUAUUCAGUUCACUCGGACACGACUCUGCAGGCGCUCGAAGGCUCACUUGCCGAGUUCCAUGCCAAGAAGGACGUCUUCAUCCGACUCGGUGCAAGGAGUAACUUCCUCAUACCGAAGUUACACAUGCUUACCCAUUAUGUCCGAGCGAUCAGGUACUACGGGACAACAGACAACUACAAUACAGAAUCAACAGAGCGCCUGCAUAUCGACUUCGCGAAGGAGGCUUAUCGCGCGACGAACCGCAAGGACGAAUUCCCGCAAAUGACAAAAUGGCUUGAACGUCGCGAGAAAGUGCUCCAGCAUGCUGACUACGUUGGAUGGCGCCUGCUGCGCGCAGAGAGUGGUCGUGAUGAUCUGAUCGCCUCGCGUCAAGGGGUACGCUGGCGGCCGCCUGACUUGGCAUGUACCCUCAAUCACCUGAUGACGAAACAUCCAAGCCGCAAGGCUGUACCCAUCACUGAGCUCGUAGCUCCAGAUGGUUACGAUGCUACACACCUCAUGCCCGCACUUGCUCGUUUUCUCAUAGAGCACAACAAUCCAGGUAUUUCGCGAAACGAGGUGGAAGCUCAAGCCGCGUACGUCCGGUUUCCCUUCGCUACGCUACCGGUCUUUCACAAGGCAAAGUUCCGUAACCUGGAGUACCAUGGCAAGGAGACCUUAGACUCGAUACACGCUCGACCAAGGAAGCUCGGAGGUAACAGUGAUAUCCUUAUACCCUCCCGUUUCGACACUGCCCUUGUGCAAGUGCGACACAUCGAACCCGCCGCCGAAGACAUGCGUAUAGGCCGUGUCCACGCGAUCUUCUCAAUUCCACAGAAGUUCCAUAACCAACUGAUCCCGUCGAUGCCGAACAUCCGAUGCCCACGUCACCUCGUAUAUGUGGAUUGGUUCUCCAAGUUUGCGCGCUCUCCUGACAGCCACUACCAGAUGUACAAGGUAACUACGUUGACAGGGGGUGAAAGAAUUGGAUCUGUGGUACCUCUUGCGCUCCUUGAACGCAGCGUCCACCUUCAUCCGAAAUGGGGUGGUCCUGUACCAGCACAUUGGACGAGCGAGAAUGUGCUAGACGAGUGUACGACAUUCUACUUAAAUCCGUACAAGAACCCGCACGACUUCUACAACCUGUAUUAG